CCCGGAAGUUAUUGGUUGAACCCGUUCACAAAACACUGUCACAUUUAAAACAUUGUCUCGAGGUUUACAUGUAAACAUUGAAACUAUAACUAAGAUGUGAGAGUUUUUUUGGUUAUAAAACUUCCUUUUUCUGCCGCCCGAGAUUUCUUCAAAUUGAUGCCAUGUCAUUCCAGAUGGAGGUUGUUGAUGGGAACGGAGAAAGUCUGGGACUUCCCGAGCAUUUCCUCAAAAUUCCCCUGACAGCGCUUCGCUGUAGCAUAAGGAAAACUAUUGCCCUACACCUCAACGUCCCCUCAGAAAUCGUGGACCAAGAGACAGGGUAUGUCAACGAUUACAAUGGCUUCGCUGAAUUUGUCGGAUUUAUUUACUUGGAAAUAAAACACUUCUCCAGACAGAAAAGCCCGACCGAAGAAUUACUAGAGGAAUGGGAAACAAGGGACGAUCUGCAACCGUCCAUUGGCAAACUAUGGGAGGGUCUGUACUUUCUCGGCAGAUUCGACGUCAUGAAGGAUUGCCAACUAGCUAUAGUAAACGAUGUAGAAUUAUUCCUGAGAAACAAAGAGAGACAAGAGAACAUGAUACAACCUGUCCAGAGCAACGACGUAUCACAAAGUUCAGACCACCAUGUAGAUGAGGAAAUCAUUACUUGUAGAGGAGAUGUUGAAAACAAGGCUCCCCAGUACUUUGAUGCAUUUGUGUCCUACAACCAUGACGGGGAGGAUAUCAGAUUUGUAAAGGACAUGAUUAAGAUACUGGAAGGUGAACCGCACAAACUGAAGCUGUUCAUACCUGGUAGGGACGACCUACCAGGAGCUGCUAAGUAUGUGAUGGAUGCUAGGCUCAUUGAGACACGGUGUCGGAGGAUGGUCAUCAUUCUCUCUAAUAAUUACCUCCUGAGUAGUGCGUGUGACUUCCAGUGCAAGUUUGCUCAUGCCCUGUCUCCAGGUGCUCGAAGCAAGAAACUUAUCCCUGUCAUCAUAGAGCCAGUGACAGCAAUUCCACAGAUUCUUCGCCACGUGACUUUGUGUGACUUCACCAAAGUUGACCUGCAGGAGUGGUUUUGGAAUCGCCUCUCCUCAGCUAUCAAACAGCCACUUGACCCGGCCGCUAGCGGCUGGAGUCAGGGAUCACCUAUGUCUUCCACUUCAGUUGGAUCUUUGUCCUCCAUAGCAUCUUCACCAGAUAGUGCUAUUGGGCAAUCACUUUCCUCGAGUUCAGAUGUUAAAAUGGAGAUACCAAGUGAAAGCUAUGAGAGUAUCAAGUCUGACUGGGUUGACUUAAGCAGUGAAUUCUCCUCUCAAUCAGAAUCAGAGAUAUCACGGUCUAUGUCGCCCCCCGCAAUAACAUCUUCAUCAGCACCAAACAUUUCCAACAAGCCAUCUGUAAAUCAGAAAGAAAUUGUUUACAAAAGACAGUCACCGACAGGUAGUUUAACAGCUUCUUCCAGCAAAGGGAUGAAAUCUGACAUAAAAAGAUUUUUUGGAGGAAUUGGAAAAUUUAAGUUUGGGGGAUCAAGCAACUCAUCAGUCAAAGAUCCCUCACCUCAAUGAGAAAUCUACUGGAUAUAACGGAGGGCAGUCUUCACAAAACACCUUCUCUGUGUUAGAUAUCAACUUCCCUGGUGAAGCUGUUACUUUGAUUUUAUUACACAUCUAAGAAUAUACAUGCUAUUAUGUCGCAAGGAACAAGAAAAUGGUGGCAGCAGUGACAGAAAAUGGUGAUGCCUUCUCUUACCUUGUUUUGAUAAAAGAUCCCUGUCCCACUGCACCUUGGUUUUCUGUAUAUAUAGUAACCUCACAUUAACUUCCUGCUGGAUAUAACAGAAGCACAAUUGAGUCCGGACACUCCAUUGACCAUGCAGCUCAAUCAGUUAGAGCGAUAGUACUGAUAAUAGCAAUCUGAAGUCCAGAGUUUGAAUCCCGGUCUAGCUCUGUUGAAUUUUUACCAUCAGAACACAUAUUGUUAAUUAUAGUGUAUUUAUUUGACCUUUAUUAUUUUUUCAUAAAAGUCCUGCAAGGUAUGGUUUUCUUUGUGAAAUAAGUUAUCAAAGUUAGAUGCCUAUUUACAGUUUUUGGCAGUGGUACGGGGAUCCCUAUUGUGUUACAGUUUUUGGCAGUGGUACAGGGAUCUCU